GAAGUUUCCUUUUCUGUACUGCACUGCUAACCAAGUACUGCUGCUGCUGCUUACUGUAUAUGUGGGUGUUGUUUUCCACUGUUUAUUUGAUUUGAAAUAUCUGCCUCCCUUUUUCUCUCUCUCUCUCUCUCUCUCUCUCUCUCUUUCUUAAGUCCUCUAGAUUCUGUCAUCUUUGUCAUUGUGUUUGAAAAAUUAGAGUGGAAAAAAGAAAAGUAAGCCAGGCCUCUGGCUUUGAAAAUUAAAGAAGAAGAAGAACAAAGUAGACCCAUCUGUGGAAACAUUGGCCAUUUGAUCCUGUAGGGGUUCAUAGGGGGGAAGUGUUGCUUAACUUGCAAGUGAUUGGAGUGCCUGUGAUAGCUUAAAAAGCUUUUCUUUUGCAUUGUGGGGUUUUGGCUUAUGAGUGUGGUGGUGGGCUAGCAAAUAAAAAAACCAAAAAAAACAAAAAAGUUCUCACCCUCCUUUCUUAUGCUUCUCUCCUCUGGUUUCUCCUUGUGGAGCAUGAGUUUGAUCUGGGAUUAAGCUAAUUGCUCUUCUUGGCUUGUAAAUUUUGUUGUUUGUUCUUUUUUUUUGGGCUCUGUUUUGUGGUUUUGAGAUUCGAGUUUUCAAGUUUCUACGCUUAGGUUUUUUUUUUUUUUUUUUUCUCUCUCUCUCUCUCUCUCUCUCUCUCUGUGUUAUUAGGGUUUUUUGUGGUUCCUUAAUUUUUUGGUCAUGGGUUUUUCAUUUUUCAUGGGUGGGGACUAAGGGGCUUUCAUUGGUUUCUACUAGUGUUGAUUACAGUUUUCGCUUUUUUAAUAAAUUGUCAGUGUGAAUUGCUUAGCUUGCAAGUUGUUGUUAGUUUGUCCCUUUUUUGUGGUUUCUGAGGCGUUUUUUUUGGGAUAGGGGUAAUUUAGAAGUUUCCUCCUUUUGUGCGUCUUUCUCUUUUUCUUCUAUAAGGGAGGGGGGGUUACUGUUUGCCUAAACAUUUUUCAUAUUGAAUUUGGAUUCUUGGGCCUUCCUAAAUUUUUUGUUCUGGGGAUCUGAUUUCUAAGUCGGGAUUGGUGAAACUCAUUGGUUUUGGUAGUAGUCUGUUGCUUAAUUUGCAAGUUUGAAACUUAGUAGAGGUCUUUUGGGAAGUGGGAGUGUGAAGGUUACUUUCAUUUGGCUUUUUCUUUUCUUACUCCUGAAAGUGCCAGUGCAUGCCAAUGAUCUCUCAGAUACAUCUGAGUUUAUGGAAGUGCAGUAAGCCUUGAGUUGAGUUGGUGAAAUCUCCUUGUGUUCCAGUAAUGGUGGUGCUUAGCUUUAUCCCAGUCACAUUUCUCAAAUGGUUAUUCUUGGCCUGCUUUCUCUCUUCAUCUUUGGGUCUCAAUACCCGAACCCAAUCCUGUCAUCCAAAUGAUUCCAAGGCAUUGAAAGAGUUUGCUACAAACCUCACGAAUGGGUCUAUUAUCACAGCUUGGUCUCAGGAAUCCCUUUGUUGUCACUGGAUUGGUGUUUUCUGUGAGAAUGUAAAUAAUGGGUCUUUCUCUAGCAGAGUGACCAAGUUGAUUCUGCCAAAUAUGGGUCUCAGAGGAACGAUUUCAAGUUCUUUGGGUCAAUUACAUGAACUGAAAUUGCUUGAUCUUUCAUGCAAUUAUCUUGAAGGUGGAUUGCCUGCUGAGCUCUCAAACUUGAAGCAGCUGGAAGUUGUUGAUUUAAGCCAUAACAGGCUGACAGGAGCAGCUUCCGUGGCACUUGCUGGUUUGAAGUCCAUUAAAGUUCUGAACGUUUCAAGCAAUUUAUUCAAUGGCAGUUUGUCAGAGCUCGAAGGAGGGUUUCCACAUCUUGCUGCAUUCAACAUAAGCAACAAUUCAUUCACUGGUCAGUUUGUUUCUCAAAUUUGCAGCUCUUCUAGUGUGAUUCGGGUUCUUGAUGUAUCCUGGAACCGUCUGGUGGGAAAUCUUGAAGGCUUAGACAAUUGCAGCUCAACUCUCCAACAAUUUCAUGCUGAUAACAAUAAGUUUUCAGGGCAUCUGCCUGAAUCCUUGUAUUUGAUGCCGGCAUUGCAGCGACUCUCUGUUUCUGGGAACAAUUUCUCCGGCAAGAUAAGCCAGAAUUUGAGUAAGCUCUCUAGCCUUAAGGCCUUUGUUGUUUUUGGAAAUCAGCUUUUUGGCGAAAUUCCAAAUGUGUUUGGUAAUCUUACACAACUAGAAUUGUUAGUCGCACAUUCAAAUUUCUUAUCUGGGCCAUUGCCUUCAACCUUGGCACUUUGCUCAAAGCUUAGAGUGCUUGAUCUCCGGAACAAUUCACUAAGUGGUCCUAUUGAUCUAAAUUUCACUGGACUCCCUAAUCUCUGCACACUUGAUCUUGCUACUAAUCAUUUUUCCGGGCCCCUUCCGACUUCACUGUCUUAUUCCAGUGAGUUGAAAAUCUUAAGCCUUGCCAGGAAUGAAUUAAGUGGUCCAAUCCCUGAGGACUUUGCAAACCUCAGGUCCCUUUUGUUUCUCUCAUUGUCAAACAACAGUUUUGUGGAUUUAUCUGGUGCGCUUUCCGUGCUUCAGCAAUGCAAAAACUUGACCACUCUUAUCCUGACAAAGAAUUUCAUUGGUGAGGAAAUUCCAAACAAUGUGAGUGGGUUUGAGAGCUUGAUGGUUCUGGCAAUUGGGAAUUGUGCUCUUAAAGGAAAAAUUCCAAUGUGGUUGUUGAGCUGCAGGAAGUUGGAAGUCCUUGAUUUGUCGUGGAACCAUUUAGAUGGCAUGAUACCUUCUUGGAUUGGUGAGAUGGAGAACUUGUUUUAUUUGGAUUUCUCGAACAACUCUCUCACCGGAGACAUUCCAAGAAGUUUGACGGAGCUAAAGACCCUCAUUUCUGCAAACUGUACUUCGUCGAAUAUUCCUGCUUCUACCGGCAUUCCACUAUAUGUAAAGCGAAAUAAGAGUGCUAGUGGUCUGCAAUACAACCAGGCCUCAAAUUUUCCGCCAUCAAUCUACUUGAGCAAUAAUAGAAUAAGUGGAGAAAUUUGGCCUGAAAUUGGGCGAUUGAAACAGCUGCAUGUUUUAGAUUUGAGCAGGAACAACAUAACUGGAACCAUACCGAGAUCCAUUUCAGAGAUGGAGAACUUGGAAACAUUAGAUUUAUCGUACAAUAAUCUAUAUGGUUUUAUCCCUCCAUCAUUCAGCAAGCUCACAUUCCUGUCAAAGUUUAGUGUGGCAUAUAAUCACUUGCAAGGAGACAUUCCAAAGGAAGGACAAUUCUUAAGCUUUCCCAGCUCGAGCUUUGAGGGUAACCCAGGACUUUGUUGGCAAAUUGAUACUCCAUGUGGCAUAAAUGGGAGUAGAGGUCUAAAGCCUUUAAUCCACGCCGGCUCAUCAAACAGUAGAUUAGGUCGAGGCAGCAUUCUUUGCAUAACAGUCAGUAUAGGAGUUGGGAUUGCCUUGCUUCUUGCAAUUGGUCUACUCAAAAUGUCGAGGAGGGAGGCGGAGGAUCCAGCUGAUCCUUUUGAUGAGGAAAUCAGCCGCCCACGCAGGUUAUCUGAAGCACUUGCCUCUUCGAAGUUGGUGCUUUUCCAGAAUUCAGAUUGCAAGGAUCUCACAGUUGCAGACUUGUUAAAAUCUACGAACAAUUUCAACCAAGCCAACAUAAUUGGUUGCGGAGGUUUUGGUUUGGUUUACAAGGCCAAUCUUCCCAGUGGCACAAAAGCUGCAAUCAAGAGACUUUCUGGGGACUGCGGUCAGAUGGAACGUGAAUUUCAAGCUGAAGUUGAAGCCCUCUCAAGAGCUCAGCACAAAAACCUCGUUUCUCUUCAGGGUUAUUGCCGGCAUGGCAGUGACAGGUUGUUGAUCUACUCUUACAUGGAGAAUGGAAGCUUGGAUUACUGGCUGCAUGAGAGUGUUGAUGGAGGUUCACUUCUGAAAUGGGAUGUAAGACUCAAGAUAGCUCAAGGUGCUGCUCGUGGAUUAGCUUACUUGCACAGGGGUUGCCAGCCGAACAUAGUUCAUCGGGACAUAAAAUCUAGCAACAUACUUUUAGAUGAAAGAUUUGAAGCUCAUUUGGCCGAUUUUGGUCUGUCAAGGCUACUUCGGCCUUAUGAUACUCAUGUCACAACAGAUUUGGUUGGGACUUUGGGCUACAUUCCUCCCGAGUAUAGUCAAACAUUAACUGCAACUUUCAGGGGUGACGUAUACAGUUUCGGUGUUGUUCUCCUGGAGCUUCUUACCCGUAGGAGGCCAGUUGAAGUUUGCAAAGGGAAAAACUGCAGGGACUUGGUGUCUUGGGUCUUUCAGAUGAAAUCUCAAAGGAAAGAGGAAGAGAUCAUAGAUCCAUCAAUUUGGAAUAAGGAUCUUGAGAAGCAGCUUCUAGAGGUUCUUGGUAUUGCUUGUAAAUGCAUACACCAGGAUCCAAGGCAGAGACCCUCUAUUGAAGAAGUUGUUUCAUGGCUACAUGCUGUUGGAUAUGAGAGUUGUCAAUGAUAAAUUUCUUGCAUUUCUCUUGUUUAUGUAACUGAUGAGGUUCUUUUAGGAUCUCUCAAAAAUGGAAGGGGUAUACUUGUAAAGCAACGGUAUUGCAAGUCUAAGGUUGGAGUAGUAUUGAUUAAAAGUGACUUUGGUUUUUCUUAUAGAAGAGCAAUUCUCUUGGUGCUUCAUACUGACAGAUUUAAAUUUUGUAUACAGAGGCUAUUUUAUGGCCACUUGUUUUUACCUAUAUAAAGGAAGAGCUCUAUAGAAUGUGUA